AUGGUUGAAGAGAGCAGUGUGGCAGAACCAGUUCCACAGGCAAAGCCUCAACAAGAAAUAGAGAGAAAAGGGUCUUUUCCAGAGAAUGAAGUAUCCAAGGACAUGCCGGUGGUCAAGUUGAAGGACAUUAUGAUGUAUGCAGAAAACAUGGAAGGGAUGGAAAACAAGAAGUUGAUUCCCUAUGUAGUCUACUUGGACGAGCAGUUCAAGGAAAUUGUCCAGAGAAGGAGAAAGGAUGCAAAGGUAGUUCUUAUACUCUACAUAACUAUUAUGUCUAUCUUUGUUAUUGGGCUAAUUGUAUGUGGAGUAAAGCUCUUUGGGUAUUUGAUGGGAUGGGAGUGA